UAUUUGGAUCAAAGUAUUUUUCAUGAUCUAGAACAAUGGGGUUUGGAGCUUUAAGAAGUAUCGCUCGACCGCUAUGUCGGACUCUCCUAUCUCAGACCUCCCCUGCUUCUCGAACUAUAUCGACUCUCCCCUCUUCGUUGUGUACUAAACCCUGUUUGAACUCCUUUAUGGGUGGGUCAGUUUACCGCCAAUCUCCAUGGACCUCGAUGUCAAAUCAACUGCAUAGCUUAACCGAUACUCGUUUCGCAAAGAGAAGGCCUCAAGACAAGCCACGCCGAAAAAGAGCCAGCUUGAAGCCCCCAGGUCCAUAUGCGUGCGUAAAGCAUACACCAGGGGAGCCUAUUCUCCCAAAUAAUCCGAAUGAAGGGAGUGUCAAAAGAAGGAACGAGAAAAAGAGAAUGAGGCUGCGCCGUGCAUUUAAAUUGGCAGAGGCAAAGAAGAGGAAAGCUCAGUUGCAGGAAGCUAAUCGAAAGAAGAAGAUAAAGCAAGUAGAACGUAAGAUGGCUGCGGUGGCAAGGGAAAGAGCUUGGGCUGAAAGGCUGGUAGAACUGCAGCGGCUUGAGGAAGAGAAGAAAAAGGCCAUGGCUUGAAACUUUCACUUGCUUAUGUACCCGUUGUCUUCCGAUGCUAUGAUGAUUUUGUGACGGUUUAUAAGAACCUCUAGAUUGUGUUUCCUUUCUAAUGUUUGGUUAUUGCUAGCCUACAUAAUGACACAUCUGAUGUUGGUUUCUCUAGUUCUUCACUUUCUCUAGUGUAGGAUUAGGAAACAUAAAGGUGUCGAAAAGUUCGUUUUCUUAGACUUGGGUGAGAACUUAUUUUUAAAUUGGUGAA